CACAUGUUUCUCAAACACAGAAGCAGGAAACGUUUGAACCUGAAAAGAGAAACCGAAACCUUGAUUUUUAUAACCGCCAGUUUGUGCAGUCGUUGAAAUGGCAGAAGCCAGUAUUUCAGUGUUUCGGGAUCAGUUCAGCUGUUCAAUCUGUCAGGAUCUACUGAAGGAUCCAGUGACUAUUAACUGUGGACACAGUUACUGUAUGAGCUGUAUUACAGACUGCUGGAAUCAGGAGGAUCAGAAGAGAGUUUAUAGCUGCCCUCAGUGCAAACAGACCUUCACUCCAAGACCUGCUUUAGGAAAGAAUGUGAUUCUUGCUGAGAUGGUGGAGAAACUGAAGAAAACAAAACUUCACACUGAUGGAGCUGCUCCCAGUUAUGCUGGACCUGAAGAUGUGGAGUGUGACGUCUGUACUGGGAGAAAACGCAAAGCUGUCAAGUCAUGUCUGGUGUGUCUGAACUCUUACUGUCAAACUCACUUUGAGCGACAUGAAGAAUUUCAUCCAGGAAAGAGACACAAAGUAACUGAAGCCACUCGAAAGCUUCAGGAGAUGAUCUGCUCUCAACAUAACAGACUUCUAGAGGUUUUCUGUCGUACUGACCAAAAAUGUAUUUGUUAUCUGUGUACGAUGGAUGAGCAUAAAAAUCACGACAAUGUAUCAGCUGCAGAAGAGAAACAGAGACUAUUGGAGGAAAAUCAGAGAAAACUCCAGCAGAGGAUCAAGGAGAAAGAGAAGAAGCUUCAGGAUCUCAGAGAGGCUGUGAAGACACAUAAGAACUCUGCACAGACAUUAGUGGAGGACACUGAGAGGAUCUAUACAGAACUGAUCCGCUCCAUUAAGAGAAGAUACUCUGAGGCAAAAAAGUUGAUCAAAGAUCGGGAAAAGACUGCGGUGAGUCGAGCUGAAGGACUCUUUAAGGAACUGCAGCAGGAGAUUGAAGAUCUGAGGAGGAGACAUGAUGAGAUGGAGCAGCUUUCACACACAGAAGAUCACAUCAGUUUCCUUCAGCGUUUUCAGUCUCUCUCUGAAUCUUCUGGAUCUACAAACAACAUCUCUGUCAGUUCUCUCCUGUCAUUUGAUGAUGUGAGAAAAUCUGUCACUCAGUUGAAUAUUAUGGUGGAGGAUUUUGGUAAAGAAGAUUUUGGAAAGAUAUCUGACAAAGUUCCACACAUUGAAAAUAUUCCCACCAAUGAAGCCAUGACCAGGACGGAGCUCCUACAAUAUUUCCAGCUGUUCUCUUUGGAUCCGAAUACAGUAAAUGAGAAAAUCUGUCUGUCUGAGGAGAAUAGUGUGGCUAUUGACACUGACAGAGUCCAGCAGUAUCCUGAUCAUCCAGACAGAUUUAAUCAUUAUCAUGAGGUGUUGUGUAGAGAGAGUGUGUGUGGACGCUGUUACUGGGAGGUCGAGUGGAGUGGUAGGGUGAGAAUAUCACUGUCAUAUAAGAGCAUCAACCGAAAAGGAGAAAAACGUGACUGUGUAUUUGGAUGUAAUGAUGAGUCCUGGAGUUUAUUGUGCUCUUCCACCAAAUGUUCAUUCUGGCACAAUUAUAAACAGACUGAACUCCCAGUAGUGUCCAGUUCUUGUAGAAUAGGUGUGUAUGUGGAUCACAGUGCAGGAAUUAUGUCCUUCUACAGCGUCUCUGACACAAUGACCCUCAUCCUCAGAGUCCACACCACAUUCACUCAACCUCUCUAUCCUGGAUUUCUGAUACAUAGGGGCUCAAAAAUAAAGCUGUGUCAUUUAUGAAUGUAAAAGAUACAUCCUAGAUGCUGUGUUAAAAUACACAAGUCUUAUCUAUAGUUUAAUAGAUCAUUCUUAUUCUAUUAAAAAUGUAGAUUUUUGUCACACAUUAGAUUUUUUCAUAAAGAAUAUUGUCUGAAAUGUUUUGCAUAACUAUCUGUUAUUUACACAUCUUUUAGUUCUUGAGUUAGUUGAUGU